AUGUUAACUAAAGUUCGUUGGACACUUUUGUUAUCAAUUGAUAAAAAUAUGAGUCAUGUAUGUACAAAAUGUACGAAUACAUUUCCAGCUGGAUCUCGUAUAACAGAGUUUGAUGGUAAACAAUAUCAUCCUGAAUGUUUUGCUUGUGUUGAUUGUCGAAAAGCAAUAACAUCACAAUUCUAUCCAUUUAAUAAUGAUUAUUUAUGUGGAGCAUGUUAUGAACAACGUUUUCCACGUAAACGUUGUGCUAAAUGUAAUUCAGUGAUUACAUCGGCUGGUAUUACAUUUGCUGGAGCUUCUUAUCAUGCGGCUUGUUUCUUGUGUGUAACAUGUAAACAACCCAUAUCGGCUCAUUCAAAAAUAUCAAUGGUUGAUGGUCAACCAUGUUGUGCUAAAUGUUAUGAAGAUCGACAUGCAAAACGUUGUAGUCUUUGUCAGAAAGCUAUUAUUGCUGAUGUUGAAUAUCUUGAAUUUGAAGAUAAAUAUUGGCAUAAAGAAUGUUUUACAUGUUCAAAAUGCCAGAAAGGUAUUGCUGAAGAAAGUUUUUAUCAAGAUGGAAAUUUAAUUUUAUGCAAAGACUGCAUUUAA